UAUCAAAUGUUUCCUAGGAGAAGCAAAACUCACAGUCUGAGUUCACUAUGGAAAACUUGGCGAGCACAGUAACUGAUUUAUUUGUUGCUGGGACAGAGACAACAAGCACCACUCUGAGAUAUGGACUUCUGCUGCUUCUUAAGCACCCAGAGGUCACAGCUAAAGUCCAAGAAGAGAUCAACCGUGUGAUUGGCAGGCAUCGGAGCCCCUGCAUGCAGGACAGGAGUCACAUGCCCUACACGGAUGCCGUGGUGCAUGAGAUCCAGAGAUACAUUGACCUGGUCCCCAAUAGUUUGCCCCAUGCAGUGACCCGUGACAUUAAAUUCAGAAACUACCUGAUCCCCAAGGGCACACCCAUAUUAGCAUCCCUGACAUCUGUGCUGCACGAUGACAAAGAAUUCCCCAACCCAGAGAAGUUCGAUCCUGGUCAUUUUCUGGAUGACAGUGGCAACUUUAAAAAAAGCAACUUCUUCAUGCCUUUCUCAACAGGAAAACGGAUUUGUGCGGGAGAAGGACUGGCCCGCAUGGAGCUGUUUUUAUUCCUGACCAGCAUUUUACAGAACUUUAACCUGAAAUCCUUGAUUGAUCCAAAGAAGCUCAAUGCCACUUCGAGUUCCGCUGCGGGUCUUUCUUUGCCACCCUUGUACAAGAUCUGCUUCAUUCCCGUGUGAAGAAGGUCAGGUCAUCUGCCUGCUGUGGCUGCCUUUUGCCUCUCUCUUAUCAAUGACAUCCUCUGCCUCCUUCCUACUAUUAAGGAUGUAUUCUCUGACCUGUUGUCUCACAUCUCCCCAUUCCCUUAAGAUGCAGUGAACAUCCAAUGUCCAUUAAGGGGAGUUUCUGGAACUGUAUCUAUAUCUGCUCUUCCUCAUACUCUGUAAAACUGUAUUUACUGCCACAUAUGACAAUACUUACCUAGUGUGUGUUGUUAAUAUGUUAUUGCUAUAAAACACCGUAAAAUGAUUAAUGUUUGAUAAUUCAGAGCCAUUUCUCCUGUGUAUGUUUUAAAUAAAAAUGUUAUUAAUUGCUGAGUCAGAU